AUGCCUCAUCGCGGGAUGCAUCGUUUCGUCCGGCCUCGGCCGAAGAAGAUAUUCUUCUUCAUGCCAGAUUUGGGCCUCUGCCCUAGUCCAGAAGGAAAUACGUUCGGACAAGGAGGGGAUGGAAAUGACAUUGAAAUGAUGGACAUUCGAAUUCCGCCAGUUUUGACGGAAAAAGAUAUUUCUCUGCCGCGAUCGCAUUUGGAAAGCCGAAAGAGGGUUUAUGAAGAAUCGGAGUCUGAGAGCGAGAGUUGCGAUUUCUCGACUUAUUCCGACAAUUUAAUCGACGAUAUGAUUUCUUCCGUCAAUAUCCCAGACGACCAGCAACUCUUCGACCUGAUCGGCGACCUCCCGAGCAGCCUCGACACUCUUCCCGACGAAGUCAUUCUCGAACUAUGCGAGCCUCCAGAAUCCUCAGAACAUCAUCCCGACAGUGGAGAAACUCACGACAAGCGACACGAAAUGAAAAUGGAGUUGGUUGAAAUUCGCGAGACGCGUCGAAAAUUUCCACUUUUUAUCUUCCGAAAUGACCGCAUGGAACGCGCCUAUCUUGUCAACAAGGUCAAAAGAAACUUCGAAGCUGGAUUCUCGAUUUACCUGAAGUGCGACAAAGGUCUGCGAGACAAAUGCCCGGCCACGGUGAUUCUGAGGACGCUCAAUGCCGAUUUGAUCAAGAUUGUCAGGACUUCGGCGGGUGGAGAAAAGUUGAAAUUACUCGAUGCCAAGGAACUUCUUCGCCCUGAAAACUUCUUCGACUGCAUCUUCGGCCGUCCCCACAGCUGCAAAGUUCAAAUCAUGGAUCGAGGCAAGCCAAAACUCCCUGGCCGAUGCUGUGGCCGCAUGAAAACAUCUGGGUCGACUUCGGACUUGUCCAGCACCGGCACCGACAUCGAAAUGGUCAAUAAAUCAGCGCCAAAAUUCAUCCAAUGCUCCGAGAGCUCCUUCGAAGAAGAAUUCAACAAGACUGUACAGAACAAAGUCCAGUCCUCAGAAGUUAUUGUCUGUGAUGCAGGUCUGACCAUCCAAAUCAUAGUCGUAACGCCUCAUUCUCUGGCUGACGGAACGUCAAUGAUGCUCAUUCUCCACGAUAUUUUGACUUUCUAUGAAAAACCUCAUCUAUCGCAACCUCUUGUAACUGACUACCCGACUGCAGCCCAGCGCCUGUUUCCUACCCUUGACCCGGAGAAAGUUGAAGAAUUCAAGGAGAAAACGAUUCGCGAGAAAACGACCUAUAAGAACGUCGUUCCUCACAUUCAAUUCAAGAAUAAACGCCCGAAAAAUGUUCCAACAAAAAAAUCUCACAGCAAAGAUCUUCGAUUUGGCGUCGACUACAAUCUCCGCGACAGAUUCCCAAAGAAACUCGGCAACACUACUGUAGCUUGUUACAUCAGCGAAAACACCCAUCAACCAAACGCAGAGCUCGAAGAAACUCUCGUUCAAGUGGCGACUCGUCUUCAUUCAGAAAUCAACGAUGGAAUAAAAAAUCAACAGCCAUUUAUGCUCAAAGCAUUGAUCGGGCUUUACGCAAAAGACAGAGAUGGAUUUCAGCCGCCGGAGCAAAAUUUUACGAAUUCUAGUGCGAAUUUCUCGAAUGUAGGAAGAUACAAAUUCGAUACGAAAUACGGGUUUGGUGAGGUCCGAGAAAUGUACUGCUCUGGAUACAAUUGGUGCCACUAUGAAUACACCCUUCUUUUUCAGACAACGGACAGACUGUGCAUAACGAUCACAAACAUGGAUAAGGAUCUCUACAACGCGACGGCAAAGCAAUAUGUCGAUGGAUUUCUCGAGCUGACAGAAAAUCCCAACAAAUUUGAAUUUCAAACAUUGAAAUCUUAUGCAGAUCUUUGA